GCGGGGGUGGACGGGGCCGCUGUAGGGGCACAGCCCGGUGCGAAGCAGCUAGCCCCGUCUUUGCAGUUGCGCCGAGCCGCCUGGAGCGAGGAUGCCGAGAAUGGAGAGGCUGGUGUUCGGGAGGCCCUUCUGUCAUCUGUCUACCUUCAGCCUGAUUUGGGGCAUGGCGGCAGUGGUGCUGUGCACAGCACAAGAGGAAGUGGUGACCCAGGAUGAAAAACAGCUGCUAAACACACCUGCUUCUUUAAAAUGCUCUCUGCAAUCUUCCCAGGAAGUCUUAGUUGUGACAUGGCAGAAAAAGAAGGCUGUGAGCCCAGAAAAUAUGGUCACAUUCAGCAAGAACCACGGGGUGGUAGUGCAGCCUGCCUACAAAGACAAGUUAAACAUCACCCAGCUGGGACUCCAGAACUCCACCAUCACCUUCUGGAAUACGACCCUGGAGGAUGAGGGGUGUUACAUGUGUCUCUUUAACACCUUUGGGUCUGGGAAGAUCUCAGGAACGUCCUGCCUCACCCUCUAUGUACAGCCCAUAGUAUCCCUUCACUACAAAUUCUUUGAAGACCACCUAAAUAUCACUUGCUCUGCCACUGCCCGGCCAGCCCCUGUGAUCUCCUGGAAGGUUGCUGGGUCCGGGAUUGAGAACAGUACUGAGAGUCUGUCACAUCCCAACGGGACCACAUCUGUCACCAGCGUCCUCCAUGUCAAAGACCCCAAGACUCAGGUGGGGAAGGAGGUGAUCUGCCAGGUGCUGCACCUGGGAAAAGUGAUGGACUUCAGGCAAACCAUGAACAAAGGCUUUUGGUUUUCAGUUCCACUAUUGUUAAGCAUUGUCUCGCUGGUAAUUCUUCUGAUCUUAAUCUCAAUCUUAUUAUAUUGGAAACGUCACCGGAAUCAGGACCGAGAAUGCCAAAGAAACUGCUUUGGGUUUUCUCAGCUGUAAAGUGGCACUCAGGAGGAAGGUUUGAGCCAUAGAGAAGUGACAGAAACCUGAAAGUUAUUCCCUGGUCUACUUGAAUCUGAUGCAAGAGGAAAUCAUAAGAGAAAAAUAAAGUCAUUUUCGAAGGGACCUAAAAGAGCAAAAGAGAGAGGACCAAAAGGCUUAGGCAUUCCAUGACUUCCUACUGCCAUCUAAGCUAUUCAGUGUUUGUCUGAGUUCAAAGAGGAAGAUAUUUAACCUCUCAGGUCUGUUGUAGGACUUGAUUUUGUAAAGCAAAUGCAGUGUUAUGAUGUUGAAAGGGCACUGGACUUAGAAUCAGGAGCGCUGAGCUCACAGGCUGACUCCUGCUGGCUCCUGCAGGUGGGAACCCUACGGUAGACAUGUUACCUCAAUGAGCCUCACGUUCGUAUCCAACGCAUACAGGAAUUGGACCAAAUAAUUUGCCAUGCAACUCUAAAAAUGAUAUAAUUCCAGGAAGAAUGGAAUAAGCAAAGAAAGAAGAAGUAAAAAUGAAAGAUAAGAAAGAAUAUGGAAAGGUCCAAAGAACUUUUCUGGAACUACCUUUUGCCUUUCUAUUGAUGUUGUAUUUCUUCUGCCCCAGUUCUUAGGUCCAAGAGUCUGUUUUCUGGUCCUUUGCUAUCUAGUCCACUCCCUGCUUACUGUUUUGCUAAUGGUUUCCUAGAACCUUUGGUUUCAUUGCUUCUUCUUGAUGUGCUUCUGUGAGAUUUACUACAGCUAAAAUAGGACUGAAUUUAUUGUGAAAUAACAUUGGCAUCCCUAUCUAUUUAACUUACCUAUUUUUUUUUUAAGUAGGAUAAAUACUGUUAGUCUUAGACAAUAGUUCACAUUUGCAAAAAAAAAAAAAAAGCAUGCUUCCCUGUCCAUUGUCUCAUAAUAUGACCCUGUCCUAUUUUAGGUCAUUCUGAAUUCAGCCUAGUAGGAAAUGAAAAUACAUUAUGAAAGCAGACAUUUAGGAGAUUUCCUGUAUAGCAGUCAACCAAUUCAUGUUUUGUCUCCCCUGGCUUCUUCUUCUGUGAGUUAACUUUUCACAAUAGCAGAGGCAACUAUGAGCAUACAGUGUCUUUGCUCUACAGAUAUUUUUCUGACUAGUAAAACAGUAUCAACUCUUAUGUAACCACAAGACUUCCUCAGUAUCUUUUGCUUCAUCUGUCUCCAGUGACCUAGGAAUUAAAAUGUAAGUUGUUUUCACUGUUGACUUGGAUAUUUAUAUAUUUAGUAAGCUUUUCAUGUGUUAUUUAAUUGUGUAUUAUUUCUUAUAUUUGUAUUAAAAUACUGAACAAUUAAAAGUGU